UCUUGUUUCUUCCUGUAACAGUGGCCAUCGUCUCUUCCCUCCAUUCUCGCCACGCCACUCCACAAUCAAAUCUGCAUCUCCCCAAAAUCCCAUUCCAAUCUCCGAUUCGAAACCCAACCGCGACGACAACGUUGACGCCGAGGUUGCGCGGUCAUUCAAAUCAUUUUCGCGUCAGUGGGUCCCACUUCCACCCAUCACAUUCGGUGCCCCCUUCCGAUCAAGGUACACGCACGCACUCAUCUUCGGAAAUGAAUCGUGGGUUUCGAAUCCUAGCGCUAGGCAUCAAAUACAGCAGCUGUAGAAACGAAUCGCCGUGGCUGUAAAAUGUGAGGGAGAAUUUGGAGUGGAUUUGAAGAUAUUAAGAUUGGUUGGUAGGGGAGGGUUAGAGAUUGGUUGGUGAUGGUGAAAGGUGAGAUUUUGAAGGCACAGCGAUGACGGGAGUGUCAUUGGGUCUACGCACAGGGAGCUAUGGGUCGCUGCAGCUGCUGCAAAACGGAAACAACGUUUCGCAGGCUCCUCCCAUGCUUGUGCGUAGACCUUCAAAGGCGCUCCUUUAUAACCCCAGAGACAAAGAGAGGGGUUGCCCUUUGAUUUGCCGGCACCUUGGACGUGGGAAGGUUGCAAUGCUGCUCUUGCUUUGCAUUGGCCUUUUUGUUUUCGUGUUCGGUUGCAUUGCAGUUUACAAAGGUGGAAACAUCACUAGUGAAAUUGAAGAUAUACAAUCUUAUGCCACUGGUCAGUAUGGAAUUUUAGAACCUUACAGAGAUGUAGAAAAUAAGUUGCAGGAUAGUAAUUAUACUAGAGUGACAUCAUCCACGAGUAGGCAUAGAAGUACAGCAAGGCCCCCCGCUGCUCCUCAUUCCUUAUCUUCAUAUAAGUCUAAAGGAAGAAAAGGAUAUUUCCCUACUUCAGGACAUCAAUGUGACCAUUUUGCAUUUCCUCCUCCACCACCAGCUGAUAGAAGACGAACUGGACCACGCCCAUGCCCUGUUUGUUACAUUCCAGUGGAGCAAGCUAUAGCUAGAAUGCCAAGUUCCCCGUCAGAGUCUCCUGUACUUCGCACUUUGGCAUAUGUGCAUGAUGAGAAUCCAAUUCAAAGUGAACCACAUGGUGGAUCUGAUUUUGGUGGUUACCCUUCUCUAGAAGAAAGGGAUGCUGCUUUUGAUUUAAAAGAGACCAUGACAGUGCAUUGUGGAUUUGUCAAAGGAAACAGGCCUGGUCGCAAUACUGGAUUUGAUUUUGAUGAGGCAGAUCUCUUAGAGUUGGAUCAAUAUCAUGAUAUCAUUGUUGCAUCUGCCAUAUUUGGAAACUAUGAUGUUAUACAGCAGCCCAGGAACAUAAGUUCAGAAGCAAAGAAAAACAUUCCCUUUUUUAUGUUCAUUGAUGAAGAAACAGAAACAAGUAUGAAGAAUGCCAGUAUUUUGGAUAGCAGCAGGAGAGUUGGAUUGUGGAGAAUCAUUGUUGUCCGUAAUAUUCCGUAUGCUGAUGCUCGGCGUAAUGGAAAGGUUCCAAAGCUCCUUUUGCACAGAAUCUUCCCCAAUGUUCGGUAUUCAAUAUGGAUUGAUGGGAAGCUUGAGCUUGUUGUGGACCCUUAUCAAGUUCUUGAAAGGUUCUUGUGGCGCACCAAUGCUACUUUUGCAAUUUCAAGACACUAUAGACGCUUUGAUGUCUUUGUUGAGGCUGAGGCUAAUAAAGCUGCUGGGAAAUAUGAAAAUGCUUCCAUUGAUAGCCAAAUUCAAUUUUAUCAAUACCAUGAUGGCUUAACUCAUUAUUCCAAGGAUAAGCUUCCAAUAACAAGUGAUGUUCCUGAAGGUUGUGUUAUUAUAAGAGAACACAUUCCGAUCACCAAUCUGUUUACCUGCUUAUGGUUCAAUGAAGUUGAUCGCUUUACCUCCAGGGAUCAGUUAAGCUUUUCCACUGUGAGAGACAAAAUAAUGGCAAAAGUUGAUUGGAGUAUUAAUAUGUUUAUGGAUUGUGAAAGACGUAACUUUGUGAUACAGGCUUACCAUAGAGACGUAUUGGAGCACAUGCCUCCUCUGAGGGUUGUUGUACCCCGUCGUCUUGGUCCACCUGUUUUGCGCAUUAAUAGGCCUCCGAUGAAGAAGAAUCCCAAGCGCGGAAGAGGAGAUAGGAGAUCAGGUUCUAAGCGUCACCAUAAAGCAGGCAUUGUUAUGAACCAAAAUUCAUUUUAGUGUUAUCUUGGUUCUUGGUUUUGGUUUCGUUUUAACACGGUUUUAAAACUGUAAAUGCAUUAUUUGUUGCAAAUUAUACAUCAAAGAGCUCUCAACAACUGACAAGAUUUUGAAAUUGUUGCUUCCUUUUCUGUCUAAGUUGUAAAUAUAUCCCUACAACAAUUUCCGGGAAGGCCAAAGGAGAAGGAAAAGGGUUCUAAGUUUGUGCGUGCAACACAAUUUGUACACAUGGAAUUUAGUUAUUUUUUCUCCUCAUCCCAAGUGUUCCUAUUGUUUGUAGGAAGUUUGGCUAUUGUUAAAAGAUGCUUCUUUUGGCGGUGUUUCUUGUUAA